GAUUUUGUCGAAUCAGUAUCAAACCCGUCAGAUGUCCGUACAUAAAACGGGGAAAACUUGCUAGAUUUCUGUAUUUAAAACGGGAAUACAGUAGACGUAUAUACACUAGACGUGUUUAAUGCAAAGAACGAUUGAUAUAAUCCCUUGGUUUCGUGGAAAUUAUUGGACGAUAACAAGACAUCGAACCUCGAACCAGUACAGUAGACGUAUUUACAGUAGACGUGUUUAAUGUGAAGAACGAUUGAUAUAAUCCCCCGGUUUCGUGGAAAUUAUUGGACGAUAGCGAGACACCGAACCAGUAAUUGUGUGGAUAGGUUGGUGGUUUAUCAAGAGGACUACCGUAUAUAACAGAAUGGAUGGACUGGGGUUUAACGUCCUACUUUUCUGCACCAUUGUUUGUGAAGCUUAUUAAUUACUGUCAGUAAAAUCUCGGUAGAUAACUCUAUGGACCUAAACGUCACAGGGCUUUGAAUAUAUCACAGAUCACACUAUGGACCUAAACGUCACCGGGAUUUGAAUAUAUCACAGGAGUAUAUUGUUAAUUGUUAACUGUCAUCAUCCGUCAUUGAUAUUAAUUGAAAGCAACCCUUAACUUAGAUAUUCAACUUUAUAUUUAACCUUAUUUAACAUGGAUAUUAAACGGUAUUCAACUUGGAUAUUAAACAGUAUUCAACUUGGAUAUUAAACAGUAUUCAACUUGGAUAUUUAACUUGGAUAUUAAACAGUAUUCGACUUGGAGAUUUAAAUUGUGUAUUAAACAGUAUUCAACUUGGAUAUUAAACAGUAUUCAACUUGGAGAUUCAACCGUAUUCGACUUGGAUAUUAAACAGUAUACCUCAUGGAGAUUUAAAUUGUGUAUUAAACAGUAUUCAACUUGGAGAUUUUACCUGGAUAUUUAAAGCCAUGCAACCGGGAUAUUCAAUGUAUAUAUUUAACUUGGAUAUUCAACUUCAUAUAAACUUGGAUAUUUAACAAUAGCCAACUUGGAUAUUUAACGUUAUGCAAAUUGGAUAUUUAAAUUGGAUACUUAACGUCAUUGAUGUGGAUAUUUAACUUGGAUAUUUAACAACAUUCAACUUGGAUAGUUAAAGCAUUUUCUCUUAGUUAGUUAUGUUGGAUAGUUAACUUGGAUAUUGAAUGUCAUUUAACUUGGAUACCGUUUAACUUGGAUUUUUUAAAAAAUAUCAUUGAGCUUGGACAAUUUAACUUGGAUAUUUAACUUUUAUAUUUAACAAUAUUCCCCUCUUUUUGUUUCCAAUAAUUUCUACCAUUAUCAAAGAAAUUUAGUUUUUAGCAUGGAUGAGGCGACGUCAUUUUAUUAGGAUGUCAGCAAAAUAGAUAGUUCUAAAACUCGACCCAGGUAACUUUCUGGACUAACGAGAACGACCGAGAUCAUGAAUUCGACAUCAAUGACAAAUAUCAGCUACACUGAAGAAGAAAUUAACAGCUAUCUGGAUCAAUUGUGCCAUGAAGCCAGACUUAGAUUCAUGCCUGCUAUAAUAUUGGUUGGUAUUUUAGGAUUGAUUGGUUUCGUGGGUAAUACACUAGUUUUAAUCGUAUAUUAUAAAUCGUUUAAACCUAAAGCGUCUCGGUCGUUUAUUCUUUGUGUCGCGGUUUUCGAUUUGACCACCAAUGUCAUCGUUAUUCCCAAUGAAAUAAUAGAGAUGAGCUUCAGAUACAGGUAUCCUACAAAUGGACUGUGUGUUUUUAAUAAUUUUAUGAGGUAUACAAUGGCCUAUGGCGCCACGUUAUCUCUCGCUUUGAUAUGUAUUGAACGUUAUAACAAAAUCUGUCGACCCUUGAAACGACAAAUAGAAAAAAGAACGGCUUGUAAAUUGGUUAUCGCGUGUGUCGCCUCGACCAUCAUCUUAGGCAUUCCAACGAUCUUUCAAUAUAAAGGUAAUGGGGUUGAAACGGAUCGUGUCGGCAUUCUGGGUCGAGUUUGUGAACCUAGUGACGUGUUGAAAGACUCGAUACUACCCUUUAUUCAUUCAUUUCUUCAAUUAAUCACGUGCAUCUUGUUUGAAAUCUUCUUCAUUGUUUUAUAUAGUUUAAUAGGAUUCGCUAUCUACAAACAAAGAAAAUUUAGGCAACAAUUUCAAGUACACGGGGCAAUCGAUAGACCGGAAGGCAUGACUCUGGAAACAGGUAGAAAGAAAGUAACAAAGAGGCAUAAAACGACGUUGAUGCUGAUGAUCAUAACUGCAACGUAUGUGUUGAGUUUUUUACCUGUUAUAAUUAUAAAUACAGUGGAUAGCGUUCUGCAGUUUAGAAAUAACCUGAACGGUGCUAAGUUCAUCUCAUAUAUUAUAUUCGUUCGCUUAUUCUAUAUCAAUGCCGCGGUUAAUCCAAUUGUCUUUGGCUUCAUGGACAAGCGAUUCCGCGAUGGCUUGAUGACUUUGUUCAAGAUAAAGCACAGAUAAAAGUGGAUGUGCCAGGAUUCGGUAAUAAGCCCUGGUAGGUGGGGCUCUGUCCCCUUCUCUCCCGGGAAUAUGGAUCAUUAAUGCAAUCAAAAGAAAUAACCGUGUCUUAGGAUCUACCAGAUAAAUCUAGCAACUGUUGACAUUAAGAGAAUUAAAAUAACUGGAGAUAAUAGUUAGUGUCAUUGGGUUAUAUUUGGGUGUAUGAUCAGAGAGAUAGAGAGACAUGGUGUUUAACGUCCAUUGGACUUACAUAUUUCAAUAAUUCGCUUGCGCGGGGGGGGGGGGGUCUUUAACAGUGGUAUGGAAACGGAGGACGAAUUGAAACCACACAAAUUGACUCAAAUGACGGACCUUGUGAUCUAAUGCGCACGUGUUUACCCCCCCCCCCUCAACCCUCCGCCGGGUAUGAGGGGGAUUACUAUCUUGAUAUAUAGUUAAGGGGUAUUAUUAUCUUAAUAUUAUUUGAUAUUAUCGGGAUUAAGUUAUAUUUUACAUGUGUUAUAUUUUACUCGUACUAUUUUAUAUGAGAGGCUGAUAGAAUCUCCCGUAUUUUGGUAUAUCAUUAAGACCACAUGCGUUUAUGCGAUAAUGAAUAAUACUAUUUAAUUAAUUAUCUAUAUUCACCAGGCUAUAUAUAAUGACAUACAUUUGAUGUACACUGUUCCACAUGGAAUCCUACACUUUGUCUAGAAUGGAUUAAAUGUUAAAUUUGAAUUAUGUAUAAUAUUAACAUCGUACUCAU